AUGCGAGAUCAACGUCGAUACAAUCUUCCACGAGCCUAUGAAGUAGCAGCGGUUUUCUUCGGGGACAAUGGAGAGGUUCCGAAAUAUCGGCAUGUCGCUGUUCACUCACGGGGUCAAAACCGCCUUGCAUUUCAUCGACAAAAUCAGAAGAUUCUUCGAGUAGAACUGUACAAAGGUCUGAUGGAUCAUCUAGCAAGUGAGGCUGCUAUACAAGGAUCUAAACUCAGAAGAAUAAUAAUUCUUCCGUCAAGUUUUCAAGGAAGUUCUAGAGCAAUGCAACAGAAUUAUCAAGAUGCAAUGGGAAUCGUCCAAAAAUGCGGAAAACCUGGCUUAUUCAUCACAUUCACGUGCAAUCCGAGAUGGAAAGAAAUUGAAGAGCAGCUUUUCCCCGGUCAAACUUCUUCUGAUAGACCAGACCUCAUUGCAAGAGUUUUCAGACUCAAAUUAAAACAAUUCAUUGAUGAUAUCGGACACGAUUGCGCUAAUAUUAAACUGGAACUACCUGUUAAAGACGGUGCAACUUUUGCCAAAACUCUGGAAUGGGAUGAAAUUAAAGCCCAUCUCGAUGCUAGAUAUGCCAGUGUACCAGAAGCUGUAUGGAGACUCUUUGAAUUUCCACUACAUGACAAGUCUCAUUCUAUUAUCCGAUUAGCUAUUCAUCUUCCCAAUAUGCAACCCGUCUAUUUUGCAGAAGGAAAUGAAUUAGAAGCGUUAAAUCGCGCAACUGAGAAGGACACAACCCUCAUUGCAUGGUUCAAAUUAAAUCGUGACAACUUAGUUGCCAGAAGAUAUCUGUAUCAUGAUAUUCCGAAUCACUUCGUUUUCGACCGAGAAAACAAAUGGAAGCGUCGACAGCAAGGUGGAAAAGUCAUUAGUAGAAUUAUUCCCGACUUUGACAUACCAAUACCAUCCAUGUUUUGUCCAUUACAAUCAAAAAACAUCAACAAAGAAGAAGAGCUUCGCUUCGGACAGGAAAUGUACGAAACACUGAACGAAGCCCAACGUUCAGCAGUGGAUAAGAUACUUGGAGCGUAUCAUAGACGAUCAGCAACGACUGCACCAUGUUUCUUUAUAGAUGUGCCUGGUGGUACAGGAAAAACUUAUCUCUACAAUACUCUGUGCUAUUUAUUCAAAGGACAAGGUGUCAGUGGUUUAACAGUUGCAUGGACCGGGAUUGCUGCGAAUUUAUUGGCUGAAGGGAGAACGGUUCACAGUCGUUUUAAACUUCCAGUGCCUCUCUUGCAGACGUCUAAAUCCAGUAUUCGAUCAAACACCAAGAAAGCCGACACAAUUAGAAAGGCUGACGUCGUCAUUUGGGACGAAGCACUGAUGGUCCGAUCCUACGCACUUAAAGCAGUUGAUAUUUUACUUAGAGAUAUAAUGAACAUAAAUGUACCUUUCGGAAAUGAUGCAAUGAUUGGUAAAUAA